CUGUGCGGGUUGGGAGGAAGUUGAUACCUGGGUCCUGGAGCAACCACCCGGGUCUGCGAGAGGCGAAGCCUCUGUCACCGCGGGAUUGAAGUUUGGCCCCGACAAGUGAAGCCGGUAGCUGGGGGGUGGGGUGUGCGCUCCGCAGCAGGAUUGAAUGAAGUCAAAGAGGCAGAACUUGAGCACUGGGAAGGUUAGGGUUGGGAGGCUGGGCCAGGCGGGUUGUGUGAGUCUGACCCUCCAGACCAACCCUUCUUCUCCUGUUCCCGCCUCACACCAAGUCUGGCUCUGUUUUCUAGAAUGUCCUGCCCUGCUGCUCCUGCUGUCCUUACUGCUGCUUCCUCUGGGCCUCCCGGUCUUGGGCGCCCCCCCACGCCUCAUCUGUGACAGCCGAGUCCUGGAGAGGUACAUCCUGGAGGCCCGGGAGGCCGAAAAUGUCACGAUGGGCUGUGCUGAAGGCUGCACCUUCAGUGAGAAUAUCACGGUCCCAGACACCAAGGUUAACUUCUACACCUGGAAGAGGAUGGAGGUUGAGCAGCAGGCCCUGGAAGUCUGGCAGGGCCUGGCCCUGCUCUCCGAAGCCAUCCUUCAGGGUCAGGCCCUGUUGGCCAACUCCUCCCAGCCAUCUGAGACCCUGCAGCUGCAUGUGGACAAAGCCAUCAGCAGCCUGCGCAGCCUCACCUCCCUGUUUCGGGCGCUGGGAGCCCAGAGGGAAGCCGUCUCCCCUCCAGACACAACAGCCUCCGCCGAGCCACUCCGAACAUUCACUGUUGAUACUUUGUGCAAACUUUUCCGAAUCUACUCCAAUUUUCUUCGGGGAAAGCUGAAGCUGUACACAGGGGAAGCCUGCAGGAGAAGGGACAGGUGACCAGAUGCUCCCACCCCGGGCACGUCCACCACCUCACUCACCACUGCUGCCCAUGCCACGCCUUCCACACCACCACUCCCGACCCCCAUAAAGGGGCUAUCAGCUCAGCACCAGCCUGUCCCAUGGACACUCCAGGGCCAGUGGUGACAUCUUAGGGGCCAGAGGAACUGUCCAGAGCUCAGCUCAGAUCUGAGGAUGUCACAGGGCCAGUUUGAGGCCCUGAAGCAGGAAGAAUUCAGAGAUCAGCUUAAACUUAGGAUGCUGCCAUGUUGGAAAGACACCGAACUCAUCUUGGUGCCCUGCAGAACUGUGAUGUCAGGACAAGCCGGAAGGCAAAUACCUCUUCCUGCACCUACCCAGCAGGGAUAGGAUGGACUGGAGGAUUUAGGUGGCAAACCAUGAAUUCUAUAGGCCUCAGGGGGACUCCAUGACAGCAAGAGCUCCCUGGACAACGAAGGUGGUGGGAGCCGUGAAGAUGGGAUGGGGGCUGGCCCCUGGCUCUCAUGGGGUCCAAGUUUUGUAUAUUUUCCAGUUUCACUGGCAAGAACUAAAACCAUAACAUGGCUCUUGGUUUUUAUGUUUUCCUACGAGCUCCCCAUUUUCGUGGCUCUGCCCCCAUCAUGACAGCAGGCCACAGGCCUAGGAAACCAGAGGUGGAGGGGGUCGGACCCUACGUGCUGCCUUGCACGGCCUGUCUGACCUCUUGACCCACUGGGCGUGAGGCCACAAGCUCUGCCCACACUGGUCAAUAAUGUGGCUCCAUUCAAGGCUACUCCUCAGUAGACAGCUGCCAACACUAUUCUGCCUCUUCUCUGUGGCCCCUUCAGCCAAUGCCACGUUCCCAGCAUCAGCCUCUGCCACCUCAAUGCACUGAGCCCCUUUAAAUCCAGCUCACCUCUUUCCUUGCCUGGGGAUGGUCACCAUAAAUGUUCUGCCCCGAGACUGCAGAGGGGUAGUCGACAGCAGAGCAGAAGGAGCCGCUUUCCCAAACAGCCAACUCACAGAGCGCUCACUUUGUGCCCCGUGUGUGCUUCUCUCGGUAGCGCUCGCUUCUGUGGCCUCCUGUUAACUCUUCACACAGCCCGAUGAGAAAGUUACCGCUGUUGUUCCCAUUGUGUAGAUUAAGAAGUAAAAAAAAACUUGCCCAAGGCCCAGGCAACAGGCAUUCUGUCAGCACUCACUCCUUCCCUCUUCUGCUUAUUUUCCUGCCACACUACCCCUACCUGCUCCCCGCUGCCCUGGGGUGGGGGACACAGAGCAAAUUAGCUCAAUUUUCAUUCCCAAUCCCUACUUCUUAUCUGAUCCUUGACUCUGACAACCAGCUUUAAAUUCAUUCCCAGAAGUGCUUCCAGGGGCAAAGCAGUGCCCAAGAGAGACCUGU